CCCCUCACUCUGCAGCAGCAAACAAAGAGGAAGAUGGAAAAGUCAUUGUGCACGUUGGCUGCAGUGAUUUUUCUGGGUGGAUUUUUAGAUGCAGGGCUGACAGACGAUACAAGAACGGAAAUUAAUUCAUUAUUAUUUAACAACACAACUGCAGCUGAGUCUGUCGCUGUGCAGCCGCAGGAUCACAGCACAGACCGACCGACUCCAACAGCAGCAAGGACAAAGUUAUCCACCGACACUGUCAGAGAAAAACAGCUGGACACCAAAAACAUCAGCCGAGACAGUGAAGAAGAAAAAAACAAUAAAGAAAAAGAAGAUAACAGCAAGACAGAAGAUAAGAGAAUACAACUGGACUGCCCUCCCCUCGGCCUGGAGUCCCUGCGGGUCGAUGACAGCCAGAUCCAGGCUUCUUCCUACCAGCGGACGGGUCUGGGUCCUCACAGGGGGAGGCUGAACAUCCAGUCUGGCAUCGAGGAUGGGGACCAGUACGACGGAGCCUGGUGUGCAGCGUACAAGGACCGGCACCAGUGGCUGGAGGUGGACGCCAUCCACCUCAAGAUGUUCACUGGAGUCAUCCUGCAGGGCCGAAACUCCAUCUGGAGUUGGGACUGGGUCCACACCUACAAAGUCCAGCUGAGUAACGACUCUGUGAGCUGGGAAACCUGCAUGAAUGGGACAGAAGAAGCGAUAUUUAAAGGAAACCAGGAUCCAGAGACCCCGGUGCUCGGACUCCUUCCUGUUCCCACCGUCGCCCGAUACAUCCGCAUCAACCCUCAGACCUGGUACAUCAACGGCACCGUCUGCCUCAGGGCCGAGAUACUUGGCUGUAGAGUCGAUGAUCCAACAGACAUCUACUCAGAGCAGGAAUUAGGAUCAAAAGACGAUCUGGACUUCAGACAGCACAACUACAAAGAGAUGAGAAAGCUCAUGAAGUCUGUGACGGAGGAGUGUCCGGACAUCACCCACAUCUACACCAUCGGAAAGAGCUACACGGGCCUCAAACUGUACGUCAUGGAGAUCUCAGAUAACCCCGGCAAACAUGAACUAGGGGAGCCAGAGUUUCGCUACGUGGCCGGGAUGCACGGGAACGAGGCUCUGGGCCGAGAGCUCGUCCUCAACCUCAUGCAGUACUUGUGCAAAGAAUACAAGAGGGGCAACCAGCGCAUCGUUCGGCUGGUGACCGAGACCCGAAUCCACCUCCUGCCCUCCAUGAACCCUGAUGGAUAUGAAGUGGCUUAUGAGAAGGGCUCUGAACUGGCCGGCUGGGCCGACGGACGAUACAGCUUUGAAGGAAUCGACAUGAAUCACAACUUCCCCGACCUGAACAACAUCAUGUGGGACACCCAAGAGACGGCGGCGGAUAAAUCUAAAGUCCCCAACCACUACAUCCCCAUCCCAGAGUACUACACUAAAGAAGACGCCAUGGUUGCACCAGAGACACGAGCAGUCAUCAACUGGAUGCAGGACAUCCCCUUCGUGCUCAGUGCGAACCUCCACGGGGGAGAACUGGUGGUCACCUACCCCUUCGACUGCACCCGUGACUGGGCCCCUCAGGAGGACACCCCCACGGCGGACAACGCUUUCUUCCGCUGGCUGGCCACCGUCUACGCCUCCACCAACCUGGCGAUGUCCAACCCCAACCGCCGCCUCUGCCACUACGAGGACUUCCAGUCACACAACAACAUCAUCAACGGUGGAGCCUGGCACACCGUCCCCGGCAGUAUGAAUGACUUCAGUUACAUGCACACAAACUGCUUCGAGGUGACGGUGGAGUUGUCCUGCGAUAAGUUCCCUCAUGUCAGUGAGCUUCCCAUCGAGUGGGAGAACAACAAGGAGUCUCUGCUGGUCUACAUGGAGCAGGUUCACAGAGGCAUCAAGGGUGUGAUCAGGGACAAGAUGACCAAACAGGGAAUAGCAGAUGCUAUAAUAAAGGUGGAGGACCAUGAACACGACAUCCGAUCAGCUACUGACGGGGACUACUGGCGUCUACUGAACCCGGGCGAGUACAAGGUGAUGGUUUGGGCCCUGGGUUACUUCCCCUUCAUGCGUCGGUGCAACGUUGGAAUGGAGCCACAUGCCACCAUCUGUGACUUCAACCUGACCAAAACGCCCAUUCAGAGGCUGAAGGACAUCCGGGCCAAAGGAGGGAAGAUCCCCCAGGACCUUCAGCUGCGUCUUCGUGCUCUGAGGCUCCGCAUGCUUAGAGCCAGCACCAAGGCCAUCAACCAGCGCAGGGAGAGCCAGCGGCUGCAGCGGGCGAGGAGGGCUCGGUCCUCCGGAGCCCAGAGAGCGUGAGAGAUGGACGGGAUGAAGGGGCUGAAGAAGCCUCAGAGAUGAGCUGGAAUAUUAGUUCAAGAAGGUCAAUUCAAACGGAGAACAGUCUCUGGGAAUUGUGACAUGAUCCUACUAGAGAAGACACCAUUAAAGGGCCGGUUCACCUAAUUCACAAAAAAUAUAUUUUUACUGCAACGAUAUAAAGACUCACAGUUUUAUGUGGUGAAAUAUCUGCCCCUGAGAUUUAUAUGUGCUAAAAGAAUAAACAGAUUUGGGUGAACUGACCCUUUAAAGCAGAUUAAACCACAACAGCCAAACAAACUGUUACUGACAUUGACAGGAUAUUUAAAAAGCAGAUUUUAUACAAAAAAAAGAAAACACUCAAACUUUUUGAAGGAUUAUGGACAUUAUUAUCUACACAUUAAUAGACAGGCAUCAUUAACUGUGAAAGUUCAAAUUCAUUCGUUUCUUUCGACAUUAUAGCUGAUGAUGCUGUAGUGUUUGUUGAUUUAAGUGUCAGCUGGUCUGAUAUGUGACAUGUUUUUUUUUUUCUUCUAACAAUGGGUCUGUUUUUGUUUGUUUUGACUUAAGUCCAACAGGACCAUAAAAUCUCAAAUAAAUAUUACUUAUUUGUCUUAAUCUGUAUUUAGCG